AAAUUCAUACAUUUCUGGAGCGUCUAUAUUGCUAGAGGAGCUUAAUAGCAAGUGAAAAAAAAAAACAUGUCAGUCUGACGGUGUUUUUUUAUAUAAAUUUUGGCGAACGAAAACGGCGUAAAAUAUAUAAUUACUAAGUAUAGCAACAUUCUAUUUAUUUACACAUGAACAUGUUUUCAUAAUUUUAUUGUGUGAUUCUAUUAAAAACAUGGAUAAAAGUCAACAUAGUUCCAGCAAAGCUGCUCCAGUGAAUAAUUUUGGAGCUGACAAUGAAGAACCAUAUCCAAGUCUAUCAGAUUAUCAUGAUUAUGAACCAAAUCUUGAAUUUGAUGAUUCGGAAUUGCAACAUUCUUCCACAGCUUUAGCUCAAACAGUUGAAAUGAUUCAGGCUGAAUCAAAUAGUAUGGGCUCGCCUAUUUCCGAUUUUACCGACGAUAAUUUCGAAGAAGAAUUAGCCGAAGCGUGUGAAGAAAAUUUGGAUAGUCUGAUGUUUUGUUCUACCUCGUAUCCCGAAGUUGGUGAUAAUGCUUCCGAAAAAUUUUCGGAAAUUUCGAAAUAUGGAAUUGUCGACGUAAAAGGUGAUGAUUCCGAUGGAAGGAAGAUCAUUGUUGUUUACGCUUGUAAAUUGCCUCAGAUUAAAGAGAUUGAUCAUGUGUUGUUAUUAAGUUAUUUGAAGUAUACGUUAGAAAGUUAUGUGAAACAAGACUAUAGCUUAAUAUAUUUCCACUAUGGACUGACAAGCAAAAAUAAACCAUCAUUUGGUUGGUUAAUACAGGCAUACAAAGCAUUCGACAGGAAUUACAAGAAAAAUUUGAAGGCGUUAUAUCUAGUCCAUCCAACAAGCUUCCUCAAAUUCGUUUCGCAAGUUUUUAGGCCUCUUAUCAGUGCCAAAUUUGGAAAAAAACUUAACUAUAUCCACAGACUGAAAGAACUGAACGCUUUUAUCCCAAUUGAAAAAUUAGAUAUUCCAAGUGAAGUCAUAGAGCAUGAUAAAAAACUUGGUGGAGAAGUACCUGCACCUUCAAUACCAGAUGGUCCGUAUGAACCAGUUUCACAGACCCAACAGUUUGGAGUGACAUUACAAUAUAUUAGAGAUCAAUAUAAUGUUAUCAUCCCACCUGUAGUUACACAAUGUAUAGAAUAUUUAGAUCAACCUGAUGCACUUGAAACUGAAGGGAUAUUUAGGAGAUCAGCGAAUGCUAAUAAGGUUAGAAGUCUGAAGGAAAUUGCGAAUUCCGGCCAAAAUCUAACAUUUGAUGAUCCACAUGAUGCUGCGGUAUUACUUAAGAAGUUUUUGAGAGAAUUGAAAGAACCACUCUUAACAUUCGAACUUUAUGAUGAAAUUUUACAAUUUCAAAGUUGGAAUAAUGAUGAAAGGCUGAGAUUGGUAUCAAUACUUGUAAUGGAAAAACUUCCUGAAGAUAAUUAUAAAGUAUUGAAAUAUAUCAUACGAUUUUUAUCUAGGGUAAUGGAAAGAUCUGAUUUAAACAAAAUGAAUGCACAAAAUUUAGCUGUAGUCUUCGGCCCCAAUCUAGUUUGGUCCGAACUAGUUUCGAUGUCGCUAGCUGCCAUAGGUCCCAUCAAUAUGUUUACACAAUUUUUACUCAUCCAUCAAAAUGAUAUAUUCAUGAUAUAGAAAUAUUUAUCGAUCUAAUUUUUUAUGUGCGACCCUGUUUAGAAAUAUGUACAGGUUUUUACUGGAAGGGAGGUCUACUUAUUGUAGGUGAAUCAAAAUUUACCUGACCAAAUGUAAACAGGGUUUCGUACUACUUAAUUUAAUUUUUAGAAAAAAAUAGAUUACGUAUCAUAUGGGCUGUAAUUUAAGGAAAUUUUGAGAAUUACAUUGAAAAUUUUUACAUAAUUGAUAUAUUAUUUGGUGUCAUGUCUACCAUAAUAAGAUGAAUUAAUAUGUACGUCAGAAAGUACGGGCGGUAUUUUUUUAUAAUACUUUUUGUGGGAGGCUUUUGAAGAGUUCGUUUCCGUUAAAAUAUUUGGAAUUUUGUCACAAAUCAACACAAAAUAUUCACAUCGCAAUCUCUUUUUGCAAAUACUGAAAUGUCAAAUAGUUAGUAGAAAAGUAAGUGAUAAGUCAAAUUGCACAUGAUUAAGAGAUGAUUCAGAGCACUCACUAAUGUAAAACACAAUCAGUUUGUUAAUAAGUAAAAACAAAACUUGUUAAGGACAGAGGACAUGGAUCUUCCACAUUUAUAAAACUCACACAGGAACAAACAAGGAAAUUAACUAACAACAGAUUUAUAACAAAAUAAGAAAAUACGAAAGUGACUAAAUGACAUAAUUCUCUUGUUCGAAGGACAGUAACAAAUUCAAAAACUUCAAUUAUACAGGAGGGAGAGAGAGAGAGAAAUAGAGAUUCGUUGGAAAAAUUUAUUAGUAGGAUAAGGGAAAUUUGAUAUAGGAGGAAGGUUUGUUGGAGUUGGCCCUGAUAUAGGAGCUGCUCCUCUGCAGGGCUGGGGUUGUGCUUGCUAUUAUAGCUGGACGGGAGGAAAAGUGAACGAAAUUUGCCAAAAGAAAACGAAAAGAGAGCUCUAGUAAGCAAAAGCGGAGUGGAGAUUUUUUUCUUUUGAAGUUUUUUGUUUGUUUUUUGAAAAUUUUGUUUUCUUUUUCGAAAAUUUUAAAUGGGGGGCGGGCGGGUCAAGCUGCGACUGCAUUAUUCGUGAACCGGUUCACCAGGUUACAGGGAAACCGCAGAAAACCUGCAACACCGACGGUCAUAUAGGAGAGUAAAAAAAAACGAUUUGUAGUUGUGACUGACAGAAACUAAUAGUAUAUUGAGAACAUAAUAUAGAAAACAUACUUUUCUUUCAUUUUUCAAGUAUCACUCUAAUUUCAACAUGUAAGUGUAGACGUCAUUGUUUCUUUUGUUCUACUAUUACUACUACUACUACUGACACCACGGCCCUCAAUGAGUUUUGACUUCGCCUACCACUCCAGUCAUUACGGUCCCAACGCUCGGCGCCUCCACCCCCUCACACAUAGGACUCGAAGAUCCUCUUCGACAUUAUUUAGCCGUCGUUUGCGCGGAUGCCCAGGCAAUCGCUGGCCAUCGGGCUUCUGCCGGUACCCUUUGCGUACCUACCGCUCCUCAGGCAUAUGCACCAAGUGUCUUAGCCAUUUGAGUCUGUCCCUCUUGACUACUGUCACCAGGCUAGGUUUUAUAGAGCCAGGAGAGCUCUGCGUCACACUGGUCUAUAUAUUCGGCGUUAUAUCUUUCGUUCACACAUGCUGAACAGCCGCGAGAAGCGGCUGUUCAACACCUAGGUCUCGCUAGCGUACAUGACAACCACGCGUAGAAUUCUUUUGUUCUAGAAAACAAAACUGUCAUCUGUUAAUUCUUGUAGCGAUUUAAUAAAAUUUUUGUUGUUGAAUUAAUAGAAUAAAAGAAAAGAAGUACUUUGAAAGCAAUUGUGGAAGCAAAAGUGGAAGUCAAUCCAAGUUUUUGUUAGAAACUAUACUUGCGUAACUGUUGCACUAAACAUAGCUACUUUUGAGCUCUAUUGAGCCAUGUAGCGUUAGUUUAUCGAAUGAAGACAACAGCUGGUAUUUCGAUCAUUUUGCAAGUGCCUGUGGCGGGCCUGUGUGAAAGCAAGAGUUACGUCCCUGUUCCCUUGUGUAUGUGUUUCUAAUAUUGUCUAUGAACUUAUUUCCAUUUGAUAUAUUUUUGCAAUUACGUCAUUGUUCUUUCGAACAGGAAUAUUUGGUUUUUAAUUUAAAGUUUUUAUCGUCCUGUAUAAAAAGACGCGUCAGUUAAUUUUUUUGGAUUUCAAAACGUGUUAAAUUCCACAUCAAUUUUAGUACAAUUUAUAAAAAUAAUCAAAUUGAUUUUAAAAUAAUUAAUUUAUGAGCAAAUAUCAAUUUUCUAAGAGGAUCGGUUAUUUUAGUUUAUCAUUUACCAAAAAUUAAUAAUAGGUUAUUAGUGGAAAAGUUAAUACUUAGACAAAAUAUAAUAUUAAUAAAUAAAUCUCCUAGAAUUGAUUCACUAAAGGUUUAGUUAUAAAGUAAAAACUAUUCAGGAUCUUUCUGUGUAUAUAAGAUAAGAUAAACAAAGAUGUACUGUAAGGGUUUAUUAUGUCAAUUGUAUUGAUCUCACUUCCAGUAUAAUCUAGGAUAUAUUUUAUCAGUGUACUGUGAUUUUGUUGCAUUUUUUUUUUCUUAUAUUUAUGAACAAAUUUUAAUAUACAAUUUAUAUGUAUCUAUUAACGAACCUAUUUAUUAUUUUUGAUAGUAUCAAUAUUGUGAUUAAAACACUCCAAAUAAAAUAAAUACAUGUUACUAAAAGUAA